AUGAUUUUCUUUCAACCAGAAAACCUUGCAUCAUUUUUGAAGAAUGAAUACGACGACAGUAAUUUUCAACCGCCACCGGAGGCAGAGGAAAUCAAAACGAAACUUGAAAAUAGUCACCUGGUAGUCGUGUCGGGAAAUGACAAAGAUCUCUAUCUUCAAACAGCAAUAUCUGCUAUUAAAAGCAGGAAGUAUGGCUCAAGCAAUUGUUUCCUCAUUGCCAGCUCCAAUGACUGGAAACAAAUUGAUAUCAAAGAUGCAAAGCUAUUUGUAUUUCUUCAUCCAUUCGGCAAGGACAAAUUUGAUUCCGAGAAAGGAAAAGCCAUGUUUUCUAUUAUGGAUAACAUCGUCAAGUCAACUACUGCAAAGGAUAAUGAUGAUGUGAUAGAUGUUGUCAUUAUAACUGAUAAGUCGAUAUUAAAGGAAUGGAAACUGCAUUUUAGUCAUUCUAUGGUUGAAGAGCCGAUCGUUGUUCUAAAACCAGAAACUGAAGACUCUCCUUUGCAUCGUUUUGAAGAAAACCUUGCAUCAUUUCUGAAGAACGAAUACAUCAGUAAAUUUCAACCGCCGCAGGAGGCAGAGAAAAUCAAAAUGAAACUUGAAAAUGGUCAUCUGGCGGUCGUGUCGGGAAAUGACAAUGGUUUCUAUCUUCAAACAGCAAUAUCUGCCAUUAAAAGCAGGAAGUAUGACUCAAGCAAUUGUUUCCUUAUUGCCAGCUCCAAUGACUGGAAACAAAUUGAUAUCAAAGAUGCAAAACUAGUUGUAUUUCUUCAUCCAUUCGGCACGGACACAUUUGAUUCUGAAAAAGGAAAAAACAUGUUUUCUAUAAUGGAUAACAUCGUCGAGUCAACCACCGCUAAGGAUAAUAAUGAUGUGGUAGAUGUUGUCAUUAUAACUGACCAGGCACUUUUGAAGGAAUGGAAACUGCAUUUUAGCCAUUCCAUGGUAGAAGAUCCGAUCGUUGUUCUAAAACCAGAGCCUGAAAACUCUCCUUUGCAUCAUUUUGAAGAAAACCUUGCAUCAUUUUUGAAGUAUGAAUACGACGUCAGUAAUUUUCAACCGCCACCGGAGGCAGAGGAAAUCAAAACGAAACUUGAAAAUAGUCACCUGGUAGUCGUGUCGGGAAAUGACAAAGAUCUCUAUCUUCAAACAGCAAUAUCUGCUAUUAAAAGCAGGAAGUAUGGCUCAAGCAAUUGUUUCCUCAUUGCCAGCUCCAAUGACUGGAAACAAAUUGAUAUCAAAGAUGCAAAGCUAGUUGUAUUUCUUCAUCCAUUCGGCAAGGACAAAUUUGAUUCCGAGAAAGGAAAAGCCAUGUUUUCUAUUAUGGAUAACAUCGUCAAGUCAACUACUGCAAAGGAUAAUGAUGAUGUGAUAGAUGUUGUCAUUAUAACUGAUAAGUCGAUAUUAAAGGAAUGGAAACUGCAUUUUAGUCAUUCUAUGGUUGAAGAGCCGAUCGUUGUUCUAAAACCAGAAACUGAAGACUCUCCUUUGCAUCGUUUUGAAGAAAACCUUGCAUCAUUUCUGAAGAACGAAUACGUCAGUAAAUUUCAACCGCCGCAGGAGGCAGAGAAAAUCAAAACGAAACUUGAAAAUAGUCAUCUGGUGGUCGUGUCGGGAAAUGACAAUGGUUUCUAUCUUCAAACAGCAAUAUCUGCCAUUAAAAGCAGGACGUAUGACUCAAGCAAUUGUUUCCUUAUUACCAGCUCCAAUGACUGGAAACAAAUUGAUAUCAAAGAUGCAAAGCUAGUUGUAUUUCUUCAUCCAUUCGGCACGGACACAUUUGAUUCUGAGAAAGGAAAAAACAUGGUUUCUAUAAUGGAUAACAUCGCCGAGUCAACCACCGCUGAGGAUAAUAGUGAUGUGGUAGAUGUUGUCAUUAUAACUGACCAGUCAAUUUUGAAGGAAUGGAAACUGCAUUUUUGUCAUAUCUUGAUGGAAGACCCGAUCGUUGUUCUAAAACCAGAAAUCCGAGAAUCUCCUUUGCAUCGUCAAGGAAAAGAAUACAAUUGGAAUGAUUGGGCAAAAUAUGUACGGGAAAAAGAUGUCAAUGCAGCCAAAAAACUGCUUAACGACGACUAUCUUCCGAAUCAAGAAGAAUUGCAACUGGCGUUUGACAAUUUCACUGAUGACAGUGAAGGUAGGGAAUUACUCAAAGGUAUAUGCCGAAAGAUCGAAAAUCAUUUGAUGGUAACAAAUGAAAGCAUUGAAAAUGUUAAAGGUUGCUACAAGCAUGGUGAUCCCGGUCAGAAAAUCAUUUUUUUGAUACAAACAACUUCAGAACCAAUCAAGAUCGACUGCCAAUAUAACUUUCAUGUUAUAGAGAAACAUGAUGAGCAGACAAAUGAAGAAAUGAAAACCGAAAAAUUGUACGGAUACCAAAUCAAAGACAGAUUUUAUGAAGCAAAUGAAUGCUUGCGCAUUAAGUCUCCUGGCUUAAUGGAAUCUCAUAGCAACCUCAUAGGCACAUCUCUUAGUCCGGUAAAAUUGCGAACACUUCAAGAUCCUGAACACACAACUUGUAUAGUUCUUUAUGUUGAAGCUAAAGGUUAUGUUCCCGUCGGCGAAGACCCUUUACCUUUGCACCUAGAAUACGACAAGGAUACCGUUUUUAAGACUGAUGUAAGAGAAUGUCAGUAUGCAAUUGCUACUGCUGGCCCAUCUGAUAGGCAUGAAGAUUUGAAGAUUGGUUGUCGAAUAGAAUCACGAAAGGUACCUGAUGGGGGCACGCUAGGAGGCUUUAUUGAUCAUCCUGACCAUGGUCUGUGUGCAAUUACUUGUUCACAUGUAUUGUUAUCUGUCGAAGAGUUUGAUAAAUUCUACAACAGACAAAUAAGUGUGCAGUCACUGUCUAAAAUUCAGUGUUUCCAGCCUAUGCAACCAGACAUAUGUGGAGAAGUAUGUGAUGUAAGGUUAUUUAAAGGAAACGAAAAUAAAGGCGGUAUGGACAUUGCGUUUGUUAAAAUUGCGGAAAGUCGUAAACCGAAGACACCUUCAUUUCCAGAUAUUUUUGCAGAUGCUGAGGAAAUGAUUGGAAAAAGACCUCCUUUUAUAGAUGAUUUGCUCUCUCAAACAUUACGAUAUGACCCAAGAUCUGUUAUACAGAACUCGAAGCAAAUGAAAGAUUAUAGCCAGGUUGUCAAGUAUGGAUUCAAAUCAAAACUCACUUCAGGAAUUGUUCACUGUUUCGGUUCGUCACGUAAAUUUCAAAUUGAUGGACAUUUUUUCACCGAAGGAAGGAACGCAAAGACAAAGAAAAGAAAAAGUACAUAUCUACUGACCGACCAGAUACAAAUACGCGAUGACUAUGGACAAUUUUCUGACUCUGGUGAUUCUGGUGCAAUGGUGUUUGUUACAAACGAAAACAAAGAACUAAUGGCACUGGGUAUUCUGACUGGACGUGUUGAUCAAAUGAAAACGACAUUCGUAACGCCAAUUUGGAAUGUAUUAAAAGAAAUAAAAAUGCCAAGUCCAUAUAAUUUGGCAGAACCCAGAAGCGCACACAUGGUAAUAGAAGAACUAAGACGUAGAGCAUUAUUGAUUUCAAAAAAUUGCGAAGAUUUAACAAGAGUUUUAGGAGUAUUAGAGCGUUGAUAACAGAUAAUUAAAUUUUGUAGUUGAACAUCUAGGUGUUUGAUUGUAUAUAUUUCAUAAAUUGUAGAGUAAUUGACCUGAUCUUAAAAUUUGACUCGGUAAAAUAUGCAGUUGUCAACUUGUUUCGCGCGUACCCCAAAACUGACUUGACAUGG